ACUCUGAGUAAUUACAAGGUAUUGUUGUAGUACACGACAAACAUAUUAUCUCAAAUUAAUUUUAAUUUUUGAGACCUUAGCAAUGAACUAUUGACACGCCAAAUAGAUUGCAGGUGAGCCUUGAAUCGCAUUUAUGUCAGUCUCUGAGAUAUUAGUACAAACCCUUUUCUAAAGGCUAGAUAUUUGUUUUUUUAUUUUAUCUAAGGAAAAUCAUACAAUUUUCAUUCUUGUCAAAGUUUCAAUUUCAAGUUUGAGAUAUUUUUUUUAGGGUGAAAGUCAAAUAUACAACGUGGUAGAAGUUGAAAGUAGCGGAGAAACCUUAGAUUUUGUAGAUGUUAAGGUUGAUCGCGCAAAUCAACAGAAGAAUGUAGACCAAGUGGCUGAAAGCUCUGCACCCACUGUAAGUAUAGGGAAAAACACCAUCUAAGACUCUAAGUUAUAAGUAGUAUUUUGUAACAAGAAGUUAGUUUUCAGUUGCCUAAAGUGAAAGAGUAAAUUUUCCUCAACAUUAAAAAAACGUUUCAGUCGCAGUCUUUAUAAAGUUUGUCUAAUUUUUGCAGAACAGCAGGAUUAAAGUUCAUUUUUAGGUAAAAGCAAACUGGCGACAUGAGAAAUUUUUAUGAUCACAUUUCUAACAAGAAUCCACGCUGAUAUGGCGUAAUUGUCAGAGCGUUGAAGCUUAUUGUCCGCGGAGGCAGGUGCAGAUUUCGCCCUGGCAAUGUCAAUUUUGAUUUAACAGGUUUUCCUUCUCUAGUUUCUGAAUAGUAAUUUCUAUAAAUGAAGAAUUGCUUUGUAAGCAGGUUAGAGUGAUUAUUAGAAAAAUCAAAUCUCUUAUGGCACGUCUCUUCUAUAUCUUUAUUUACAGACUCAGGAACGUAGCAGAAAAUGUCCAGUAAAAAAAAAAAUCAAAACUACUGGAAAUUCAAAGCAGGCAAAAAAGAGCAGGGUAAAUUGUGGUGAUUGUGGAGAAACAUUCAGUUCUGUCCACUGCCUUUACAAGCAUCGUAAGCGUCAAUUACAUCCAUCUGACGAGCCACAGCGUGAGAGAAACAUGCCUAUAACGUGUGUGCAGUGCUCCGACUUCAGAUGCGCAACGAUGGAAAUUCUUGUAGAGCAUGUGACAGUGAGACACGGAGAGAAGCUGGAGGUUGCAAACCAUCAGUUUGAAACGACCAGAGAAUUUCUGACUUGGCAAGUGAACAUCGAGAAAGAAACUACCUCAUGGUUUGUGAAAUAUCGAAAAAGAGAGGGAAAGCAGCAUACAAUUGAUUGGUUCAGAUGUAACAGAACGGGUACUUACAAACCACGUGGCACAGCGAAAAGAGCAAUAAAGCAGCAAGGCACAUCAAAAAUUAACGGGUACUGCACGGCUCACAUGAAGGUAACGACAUCAAAGUGCGAUGGCAAGGUGACAGUGGAAGGCUGUCUGGGGCAUUUUGGUCAUCCGCUUAAACUUGGCCACUUGCGAAUUCCCGAUCAAAUUAGACAAACCAUUGCUGGUAAGCUAGCGAAGGGAGUCACUAUUGAGUCUGUUUUAGACCAGAUUCGCAAUAGCACCCAGGAUGGCAUAUCAAGGGAGCAUCUAAUUGACCGAAAGGAUAUAAUAAAUGUGAAACAUCAAUUUAACGUAGAUCUCAUGGAAAAAGACUCCAAAGACACGAGAAGCAUUCACUAUUGGGUAAAUGAGCUUGAAAAGGGUGAAUUCAACCCCGUCGUUGUCUACAAGCCCCCAAGGGAUAGAAGGAUAUUCUUUGCCAAAUGAUGAUUUCCUGCUUGGCAUUCAAACCAAGUACCAACUAGACAAAUUUAUACAGCACGGAAAAAAAAUCGUCUGUAUGGAUUCAACACAUAAAACAAAUCAAUACGACUUUCAAUUAAUCUCAGUCCUUGUUAUUGAUGAGUUUGGAGAAGGAGUA